GCAGUGCGGGCGGCGCCGAGGCGCGGGCGGGAGCGGCGGGAUGUCGGGGCCCAACGGAGACCCGCACGUGCUGGGCGGCGGCACCGGCCACGACGGCGACGACGACGGCGACGACGGCGACGACACCUUCGAGGAGGAAGAAUAUGCAGCAAUAAACUAUAUGCUGGACCAGAUCAACUCCUGCUUGGAUCACCUGGAGGAGAAGAAUGAUCACCUACACGGCUGCUUGAAGGAACUGCUGGAGUGCAGCCGCCAGACCCGUCUGGAGUUCCAGCAGCAGAGCAAGCAGCUGAACAGUGGAGCUGAUGUGCAGGGAUCCCAGCCUCCUGCCUAGAGUCUGACCACACACCCUCAGCUGCUGUUGCUAAGGGGACAGUUACUGGUCACCAAUUUAAUGUAAAACUUGGAAUAGCAGAGGUGCCUCGUGUCUGUUACUUGUUCCUGUGUUUGUAUCCUGCCAUUCAUGUUCUGUUUUCAUUUAGCUGUGAUUCGGGUGCAGAAGCACAAGGGUGGGUAUAGGAGAGCUGGUUCUUUCUGCUCCCCAACAUAAGCCUGGCACUCACACUUGGUUAAAGCUGGUUGUAGGAAACCUGAGGCCAUGCAGGUAGUUUGCAGGCAGGCCCUCUUGACAAAGUGGAAAAAUUAUUUCUGCUCUCUUUUCCUUAAAUCCAAGCAAGGAGUAUUAUGGCUCAACCCCCUUUCCCUCAGAAAGCACAGUUGGCAGGGGCUGUCCUGACUUCAGGCUUGUCCAUAAGUCUAACUGAUGACAGCCCUGGAGAGGGAGGGCCUAGGCCAGCUGCUGCCUUGAAGCCACAGCUUCUCCCUUAGUCACAUUAACUGUGAUGUACAAAUAUUGGCACAUGGUUCCAGAUCACUGGACACUUCCACUCCAUUCCAAGCAGAUAAGACAAGCUACUGAUGUGAUCUUUCUGACCACUGUAACUGGGAGCUGCACCACUCCUUCAGCUGCCAUUAAGGACAGAGGUGUAGAAAGGGGCAGAGCAGCCUGGUUAGCCCCCAUCACAGCAUUAGCAAUAGAGAGCAGAGCCCUCCCUGUACAUUCUGACAAGGCACGAGAGGUCUGGUCUGUACCUUGUGGUCUUGUCAAUAUGUCCUACAGCCAGCACUUUUGAAGCAAGAAUUACUGUUCUGUUUAUGUAGAGUUAAAGGAGUUUUUUUGAAAGUUAAAGAGGUUAUUUAAAAGAAAUCUGUUUUAUUAAAAUCAAUUUGAAACAAAA